GCCUGUGAUGUCUGCACCAUAAGGAAGAUGAAAGCUGUCAAGUCCUGUCUGGUCUGCUUGGUUUCUUACUGUGAGAAUCACCUCCAACCUCAUUAUGACGUCCCUGGAUUGAAGAAACACAAGCUGGUGAAUCCCUCCAAGAACCUCCAGGAGAACAUCUGCUCUCGUCAUGAUGAGGUGAUGAAGAUCUUCUGUCGUACUGAUCAGCAGGUUAUCUGUUAUCUCUGCACUAUGGAUGAACAUAAAAACCAUGAAACAGUCCCAGCUGCAGCAGAAAGAGCUGAAAAGCAGAAGAAGCUCCAGGAGAGUCGACAACAAAUCCAUCAGAGAAUCCAGGACCAAGAGAAAGAUGUGAAGCUGCUUCAACAGGAGGUGGAGGCCAUCAAUGUCUCUGCUGAUAAAGCAGUGGAGGACAGUGAGAAGAUCUUCACUGAGCUGAUCCGUCUCCUCCAGGAAAGAAGCUCUGAGGUGAAGCAGCAGAUCAGAUCCCAGCAGGAAACUGAAGUGAGUCGAGUCAAAGAUGUUCAGGAGAAGCUGGAGCAGGAGAUCACUGAGCUGAAGAGGAAAGACGCUGAGCUGGAGCAGCUCUCACACACAGAGGAUCACAACCAGUUUCUCCUCAACUACCCCUCACUGCCAGCACUCAGUGAGUCUACACACUCAUCCAGCAUCAACAAACAUCCUCCAUAUUUUGAAGACGUGACAGCAGCUUUAUCAGAGCUCAAAACCAAAGUCUUGGACAUCCUGAAAGAUCCACUAAAAAGAAGUCCACCAACUGCCGCCAAAGUGGAUGUUUUACCACAACCAUCCAAACCAAAGACCAGGGAGGACUUCUUAAAGUAUUCGAGGAAACUCACACUGAACAGAAACACAGCACACAAAUUUCUGGAAUUAUCUGAAGGCAACAGAAAAGUAACAAUGACCAAUGAAAACCAAUAUUAUGAAGAUCAUGAAGACAGAUUCACCAAAAGGUGGCAGGUACUGAGUAAACAACGUCUGGCUGGACGCUGUUAUUGGGAGGUAGAGUGGUCAGGGAGAUCAGUCGAAGUAGCCGUAGCUUAUGAUGACAUAGAAAGAACAGGGGACACAGACGAGAGUGCCUUUGGUUUGAAUGAGAACUCUUGGGCAUUGUCUUGCAAGCCGCAUAUGUAUACAUAUUAUGGUGAUUAUGAUAAAGUGGAUAUUCCUGUCACAUACGCCUAUUCCUCUACAGUAGGAGUGUACCUGGAUCACAGAGCAGGUAUUCUGUCUUUCUACAGCGUCUCUGGGUCUCAGAUGACUCUCCUCCAUGAAGUCAACACCACAUUCACUCAGCUGCUACAUGCUGGGAUUUGGCUUUCACGUUCCAGAGGAAACAGUGCAGAGUUCAUUCAGUUAAAAUAAAAUGAAGCUGAGUGGCUCAGUGUAGAUCUGUUUUAUUCUAGAUUAUCUUAAAAACUUUACAAUUUCAAAUGUUGAGAAGUUAUCAAGUUGUAAAUUACUCUUUUCUUGGUGACUUUUAGAGUAAAGAAUAAUGACAAGUUUUCAAAUAUAAUUCAUUGUUAUAUAUAUUAUAUUUGAUUCUGGAAGAUAAAAUACUGGGGUUGUGAAUCAAUGGUGUGGCAAAUGUAAAUAAAGCUAAACAUAGACAUAAUAUCAUGGCUUUAUUGACAUUUCACAGUAAUUUAGUAAUAAAUUUCCAUCUUGGAGUUGUUGAUAUUAGAACUAUAGAUUUUAUAAUUUUUGUUUUUGUUUUCAAUUUAAAGUCAUAGAAGGGCAUUGUUGUUAUAUUACAAAAUAUAAGCCAUAAUUUUAUAAGUUGUGUGUUUUAUUUGAUGUGAUCAGAUGGUGUAUACCGGUACAUCUGUUAAUUUAAUUUUGUUAAUUUGAAACUGAUUUUUUUUCUUCUUAUUGAUUUGGGUGUUUUUCAGAUUUUAUUAUCCAAAAUUUGGUGCUUGAGUGAAAAUAAAACAUAGUAAAUUGUUGUUUAAAUAACAAAACUAAUGAACAUUUUCUGUGUGACUGUGUUUGUAGUAAUCAGACAUUUUAAAAAAAUAAAGUUUUUUUGCUUUCUGUCAGUGUAAAGUUGAUUGAUUUUAAACUUGUUACAAAAAGUUAUGAUCACA